CAUUCACGAGCUUAUCACCGUGUUUUCUUUUUUUUUUAUUUAAUUUUAUUUUCCAACUUCAACUUCAAAGUUCAGCUUCCCAGCUUCAACCACUGCUUCCACUCCAAACCAAGUUCCCAUUUUUGGUUUGGAAUCUCACAAGCUUGACCACUAUAAAGCUUCAAUCUUCUAUUUGGUUGAUCUAAUCUUUUAUUUUUGCCUUUCAUCCUUGACAUGAUUGGUAUCUCAAUGUGAAAAUUGGGUUUUUAUAGUUUUUGUAUUUUAACCAAAAAUUGGGAAUGGAUCGACCUGGAGGUGGUGCAGUGAAUGUUGGUGUUGGAAUGGAUAUGGCGAUCAUGCACGAGAGUGAAAGGUAUGAACUUGUUCGUGAUAUUGGCUCUGGCAAUUUUGGGGUGGCAAGGCUUAUGAGAGAUAAGCACACUAAUGAGCUUGUUGCUGUCAAAUAUAUUGAGAGAGGUGAUAAGAUAGAUGAAAAUGUGAGAAGGGAGAUUAUAAAUCACAGAUCACUGAGGCAUCCAAAUAUUGUUAGAUUCAAAGAGGUCAUAUUAACCCCUACACAUUUGGCUAUUGUGAUGGAAUAUGCUGCUGGUGGAGAGCUAUUUGAGCGAAUAUGCAAUGCAGGACGGUUUAAUGAGGAUGAGGCGCGCUUCUUCUUCCAACAACUUAUCUCAGGGGUUAGCUACUGUCAUGCAAUGCAAGUAUGUCAUCGUGACUUGAAGUUAGAGAACACAUUACUAGAUGGCAGUCCAGCUCCUCGAUUAAAGAUAUGUGAUUUUGGGUAUUCUAAGUCCUCAGUGCUACAUUCACAACCAAAAUCUACAGUUGGUACCCCUGCGUACAUCGCUCCGGAAGUUCUACUCAGGAAGGAAUAUGAUGGCAAGAUUGCGGAUGUGUGGUCUUGUGGUGUGACCUUAUAUGUCAUGUUGGUGGGCUCAUACCCUUUUGAGGAUCCAGACGAACCAAAAAAUUUCCAGAAGACAAUUCAUAGAAUUCUGAAAGUCCAGUACUCAAUUCCUGACAGCAUUAGCAUAUCACCUGAAUGCCGUCAUCUGAUUUCAAGGAUCUUUGUCGCCGACCCUGCACAGAGAAUAAACAUUCCUGAGAUUAGAAACCAUCUGUGGUUCUUGAAGAACCUCCCAGCUGAUCUCAUGGUUGACUAUACAAACACCCAGUUUGAGGAGCCUGAGCAACCAAUGCAGAGCAUUGAAGAAAUCAUGCAGUUAAUUGCCGAGGCUACAAUUCCCGCAGCCGGAACUCAGUCUCUGAACCGUUAUCUAAACGGCAGCUUGGAUAUUGACGACAUGGACGAAGACUUAGAGCUCGAUGAUCCCGACCUUGAUAUCGAUAGCAGUGGAGAAAUAGUUUAUGCAAUGUAAGCAUGUUGAAGAAAAAGGAAAAUUGGCUUAUUGGACCAAUUUUAAUGUUUAAAUAUCUUGGGGUUUAACUUGUACAGGGUGUAGAAUAUGUAGUUGAAGAAAAAGUUUUUAAUUCAAGAAGCAAGAGUACUGUACUAUAAUGUUUUAUGAGAUCCAUCCUGCUUUGCUUGUAUUUUGUGAUCUUUGUUGAUUACAUAUGGUGCUCUAUAUAUUUAUUGUGUUAUCUUGCACAUCUUCAACCUUCA